UUUUCCUCUAUUAACUGGACUCAUGAUAACAAAGGCUUUUUCUAUAGUCGCUAUCCAGCUCCCAAAGAGGGAGAGAACAUAGAUGCUGGGACAGAAACCAAUACAAACCUUUAUCAUGAGCUUUCCUAUCAUUUCUUGGGUACGGAUCAAUCAGAGAUUCUGAAAAUCCAAAGUUCAUGUUUCGGGGCUCUGUUACAGAUGACGGGAAGUACCUUCUCUUGUAUAUCUUGGAGAGUUGUGACCCAGUUAACAAAGUAUACUACUGCGACAUGCCUGCACUUCCUGAAGGUCUUCAAGGUUUUAGGGGAAAAGAUUUGCUGCUCCCAUUUGUUAAGCUGAUAGAUCAAUUUGAUGCACUGUAUACAGCAAUUGCAAAUGAUGACACAUUAUUUACUUUCCGGACUAAUAAAGGUGCUCCAAGAUACAAAUUAGUCCGUGUUGAUCUAAAGGAACCAAGUAAUUGGAUAGACAUUAUCCCAGCGUCUGAAAAAGAUGUUCUUGAAUCAGCAGAUGCUGUUAAUGGUAAUAAGAUGAUUGUGAAUUAUCUAAGCGAUGUGAAGUAUGUGCUUCAGAUAAGGGAUUUAGAAACAGGUUCAUUUCUGCAUCAGUUACCACUUGACAUUGGGACAGUUUAUGAGAUUACUGCUAGGCGUAAAGAUGAUAUGUUUUUUAUUCAUUUUUCAAGCUUCCUUACUCCUGAAUUUGAUGUCAAUCAGGUUUUUGUCCCCAGUAAGGAUGGUACCAAAAUCCCAAUGUUCAUUGUGGGCAGAAGGAAUGUGGAUUUGGAUGGAUCACACCCUUGUUCAUUAUAUGGAUAUGGUGGAUUUAGCAUCAGCAGCACACCAUCAUUCAGUGUCUCUCGCAUUGUACUAGCUAGGCAUUUAGGAGCCUUUUUCUGUAUUGCAAACAUUCGUGGUGGGGGAGAGUAUGGACAAGAAUGGCAUAAAGCAGGUUCACUUUCCAAGAAGCAAAAUGGAUUUGAUGAUUUCAUUUCUGCUGCAGAAUAUCUCAUAGCAGCUGGCUAUACCCAACCAAGCAAGUUGUGUAUUGAAGGUGGGAGCAAUGGUGGGCUUUUAAUUGGAGCUUGUAUAAAUCAGAGACCUGAUCUUUUUGGUUGUGCUUUGGCUCGUGUUGGUGUGAUGGACAUGCUUCGUUUUCACAAGUUUACCAUAGGCCAUGCAUGGACGUCUGAGUAUGGUUGUUCGGAAAAUGAAAAAGAAUUCCGUUGGCAAAUCAAGUAUUCACCACUGCAUAAUGUAAGGAGACCAUGGGAACACCCUAUUAAAGCAUCACAGUAUCCAUCCACAAUGCUAUUGACUGCUGAUCAUGAUGAUCGAGUUGUGCCAUUACACUCUUUGAAGUUACUAGCGACAAUGCAGCAUGUUUUGUGCACCAGCUUGGAGAAUAGUCCCCAGACCAACCCAAUUAUUGGUCGCAUUGAGCGCGAGGCUGGACAUGGGGAAGGACGUCCAACAAAGAAACGGUCAUUGCGAUCAUGAAAUUUUGUUUUGACUUCUUCAUGAAUCAUUUUUAUUGGGGUGAUUUUUCAAGCCGAACUGCAUUAGUAGCAAAUCUCAAACAGAUAUAAUGUGAAAUCUCUAAACUAAUACUUUUUUACUUAAACCAAAUCAAGUUCCCUUCUUUA